CCAAAGCAAACCCAAAGCUCCCUCGCUGCGGCGUCUCUCGUGCGACCCCAACUUCCCACUUCCCUGCCGCUUGCUCGGGCAAGGAACGGGCACAUGAUCACUCAACGCAGGUUCCAUAUUGCCGCUUGAACGUUAACUCAGAACACUCUCUCCCAUUCGCCUCACAAGUGAUCUCAUUGCCAUACCCCCCGCUCUUCACAACAACAACGUUUGCAUACCCCCAACUCCCACUCUUCACCACCACCACCACAAGCUCCAGAAAUGAAGUCCGCCAUCCUCCUCCUCGCCCUGGCCCCCUUGGCUCUCGCCCAGUCCACCUCCGUCACCUCCGCUUCCUCCUCCGCCCGUUCGACUGCCACCGCAACGACCUCCUCGGCGGGUGCACGUCCCACAGGAGCCGUCAACGGAACCGUUCCAAUUGCAGGCAACGGAACUGCGACAAACACCACCGCACCCAUGCACGCCGGUACUUGCGACCCCACCAAGCGUGCUGCCUGCUUCAAUGGAAUGACGAGGGAUACUUUGUGCUCUAACCCGCAGAACCAGAACACCGCUGGAGCCUGUCUCGCUGCCCUGACCUGUGACGGCGAAGCCCUCACUGUCCGUCAAAUGGCUACUCUACCCCAGUUCGCAUGCAUCUCCGCCGCCGACGGCCUCAUCAACCCUCCCACCGCACCCCUGAAACCCGCGGCCACAGUGCCAUUCACAUCACCUACACCUUUCCAGGCCGCGAAGGCCGGGGCCAGCAGCUUGAAGGACACCGUGGUUGUCAGUGGAGCGUUGAUGGGUGCCGUCGCUGUGGCUUUUAUGGCCGCUGCUUAGAGGGACUUACUUACUGGACUCUUUGUGGCUAUCGGUCGUAGAGGUAGAAUACAGUAGAGGGAAUUGCGGCGUAGGUUGCAGGACAACGUAUAUAGCAGUAGAAACCAACAUAUUACCCUACAGGAUCGUACGCUUUAUACACACAUGUUAUUAAUGUAAUGAAAGAAGCUAUAAGGAGUUAUGAAAUUCAUUUGAUGGGCAGAAAUGAGAAGGGCUCUUGCUGUUGGGUUCCUCUCCAAAGAAAGCACUAGAGGAGAGCGUUAGCGCUGG